AUGCAGCUCAUUGAGGGCCCUGAUGGGAAAACAUACGUCGUGGAUGCAGGAACCAUGGACGGCGUGACGAUGGGCCAUCCGUGUUGCUCAGUAGAGGGUAUUUGUCGCAUAGACCUCGAAACACCCAAGGAAAGGUUCUGUCCUGCUCACUCUGAUCGCAAAGAGAAAUGUUUCGUGGUGGGAUGUGCAUUGCCGCCAGAUAAGGCAAACAAGUCUUUGGCAUGCUGCACAGUCGCUCAUCAAGAGCGAGAACUGGAAGUGCAGCACCGAACUCACAAAGGCAUGCAUGAGUUGCUCACCCAAUACCUACGGCGACCGCGGAUGGAGGGGGAGGAGGGCGGUGCUGUCAGUACAACAGAGUCUCGCCCGACAGAAGAGCCAACCAAUGCGACUGCAUCAGAUGGCGUUGAAUUGAACGUAGGUACUCUAUUCCAAGCCCACAACCUACUGGGAAAGAUCAUUGGGCGACUCAACCGCAAAUGGACCCAUAACGAACAGUUGUUCGUACGCCCCUGUGGGGUCAUAGUCUCCAGGUGCACCUUCUAUCACGCAGAAUCACUGACAGCCAGUAAAGACUUUCUCAAAGUCACCUUUCCCACAUCACGAUACCCCAACUGCCUGCCCAGCUACAUCUUCUACGACAACAAUUGUUCAUUGCUGCACCAUCUCUGGACUCAAAGGGACACUUACUUUAACAAAACAGGAAUGGUCGUGGAAACUUGGCAUGCCCAAAGCCACAAAGAGACAGACGAAUUCUGCUGCAGAUGGUGCCUCCCCUCCCGUUUUCCCGAGCUGAUGAAGCCAGGCAAGAAGGGGGGAAAGGAGUGGCGAUUCAACGCCUCAGCCGCAGAGCAAGCGAACGGAUGGUUUGGUGGCUACCAUCCCAUCGUGCAUGAAAUGCCACGCUUAUGGUAUAACUUCUACCUGGAUGAGAUGAUCUUAAUGAGAAAUCGGCAGACGGUGGCGAAAUUGGAAGAACGGGGGCAUUCGCCUUUACUGGUACUGGAGCACGUCCUCCAGGGAGAGCCGGUGCUCAUGCCAGGAGGCAACUGA